AUGGACGACCUCUAUGAUGAGUUUGGUAACUAUAUCGGUGGCGCCGAGUCCGACGAGGAGGAGGUCCAGCAGGAGGUCCAUGCGUUUAAUCUGGACGCCUACGACGAGGACGACGAGGAGGAAGAUGUGGUCCACGACCAGCAAUUAAUGGAGGUCGACGAGGGCCCUUCGAAUGCCGUGGUCCUGCACGAGGACAAGCAGUAUUAUCCCAGCGCAUCCCAAGUCUACGGCACCGACGUCGAAACCAUGGUCCAGGAAGAAGAUGCGCAGCCGCUGUCCGAGCCGAUUAUCGCCCCCGUUCAGCAAAAGAAGUUUGCAAUCGCAGAGACCGAACUCCCGCCCGUGCAUUUCUCCCGCGAGUUUAUGACAGAUCUCCUGAAUUUUCCCGAGCAAAUACGGAACGUCGCGCUGGCCGGCCACCUGCACCACGGGAAAACCGCGUUUAUGGACAUGCUGGUGAAGCAGACCCACGAUCUGACCGACCGGCUAGAGAAGCGCAUCGGCCGACGACGGGAAGAGCAGCUCCGAUACACCGACGUUCACUUCCUAGAGCGAGAACGCGGCCUCUCGAUCAAAUCGGCGCCAAUGAGCUUGGUUCUUCAGGGAACCAAGGGCAAGUCGCACCUCCUCAACAUUCUUGAUACUCCGGGGCAUGUCAAUUUUGUCGAUGAAGUCGCGACCUCGGUCCGCCUGGCCGACGGCGUGGUGCUCGUCGUGGAUGUUGUCGAGGGCGUUCAAGCAAACACUGAACAGAUCAUCAAACAUGCGGUCUUAGAGGAUAUACCCCUAACCCUGGUUGUAAAUAAGAUGGAUCGACUCAUUAUGGAGCUGAAGCUGCCGCCCAACGACGCCUAUUUCAAGCUGAAGCAUGUGAUCGAAGAAGUCAACACGGUGAUCGAGAGUGUUGUGUCAGACCAGGGUGAGAAGCGGCGCUUGAGUCCGGAGAAAGGCAAUGUUGCCUUUGCGUCUAGCUCGAUGAACUGGUGUUUUACUUUGCAGUCCUUCGCCCGGAUGUAUGCAGACACUUACCCACGGCUGGAUUCGUCGGAGUUUGCUGCGCGACUGUGGGGGGAUAUCUUCUACAACCCACGGAGCCGCAAGUUUACUCGCAAAGGAGUGGAGGAGAACGCAAAACGGUCGUUUGUCAAGUUUGUCCUGGAGCCCAUCUAUAAGCUCUACUCCCAUACGAUCAGUGAGAGCCCAGAGGACCUCAAAGAGACUUUGGCAAGCGUUGGGGUUAGCCUAAAACCAUCUCAGCUCAAGUCGGAUGCAAAGGAGCUGCUCAACCUGGUUUGUGAGCAAUUUUUUGGCCCUGCCACCGGGUUUGUGGAUAUGCUUGUUCAGCAUGUCCCGUCCCCAGUGGAGGGUGCCCAGCACAAAUUGGAUCGGUACUACACCGGCCCUCUGGACACAAAAGUCGCGGCUUCCAUGGCUUCCUGUGACCAGGAUGGCCCUCUGGUGAUCCACGUCACCAAACUUUUCAGCACAACCGACGCUGCCAGCUUCAAUGCCUUUGGAAGGAUCAUGAGUGGUACGGCUCGACCGGGCCAGCAAGUCCGCGUUCUCGGCGAGGGAUACACGCCCGAGGAUGAAGAGGACAUGGUCGUGGCCACCAUUUCGGACACGUGGAUUGCGGAGACAGCCUACAACAUCUCCACGAAUGGUGUUCCCGCCGGGAACUGGGUGCUGCUAGGUGGUGUGGACAAUUCCAUCGUGAAAACGGCAACUCUGAUGCCUCCCAAGUUGGAUGAUGACGAAGACGCAUAUAUCUUCCGGCCCCUUCGGCACAUGACCGAAUCCGUCUUCAAAGUCGCGGUCGAGCCAGUCAACCCCUCUGAAUUGCCCAAAAUGCUGGAAGGGUUGCGCAAAAUUAAUAAAAGCUACCCGCUCAUCUCCACCAAGGUUGAGGAGUCUGGUGAGCAUGUAGUCUUGGGAACUGGGGAGCUCUACAUGGACUGCGUGAUGCAUGACCUGCGCAGACUGUAUUCCGAGAUGGAGAUCAAAGUGUCCGACCCCGUCACUCGCUUCUGUGAAACUGUGGUCGAAACCUCCGCGAUCAUGUGUUAUUCGAUCACGCCGAACAAAAAGAACAAGAUCACCAUGAUUGCGGAGCCCUUGGACGAUGGCAUUGCAGAGGGGAUCGAAGGGGGCAAGGUCAGCAUCAAGGACCCUAUUCGCAAGGUGGCUCGGUACUUUGAGGAAAACUAUGACUGGGAUAAGCUCGCCGCCCGGAGUAUCUGGGCAUUUGGCCCCGAGGAGAUGGGCCCCAAUAUCCUCCAGGAUGAUACAUUACCGUCGCAAGUGGACAAGAAGCUUCUCGGCACCGUUCGGGACUCCAUCACCCAGGGCUUCAGCUGGGGUACGCGAGAGGGUCCCUUGUGUGAAGAACCGAUUCGGAACACCAAGUUUAAACUCACCGAUGUGUCCCUUGCCGAUCAAGCCAUCUACCGUGGAGGAGGUCAGGUUAUUCCCACCGCCCGCCGGGCCGUGUAUUCGUCAUUCCUGAUGGCAUCUCCUCGUCUCAUGGAACCGAUCUAUUCUUGUACGAUGACGGGUCCCGCCGAUGCCGUCGCUUCGGUCUACACGGUCCUGUCCCGGCGCAGAGGCCAUGUCCUCUCGGACGGUCCGAUUGCCGGUACGCCAUUGUAUUCCGUCCGCGGAUUGAUCCCGGUGAUCGAUUCAUUCGGGUUUGAAACCGAUCUACGGAUCCAUACUCAGGGUCAGGCCAAGCUCAGUCUCGCUUUUGAUAAAUGGAGUGUGGUGCCCGGCGACCCGCUAGACCGAGACGUCAAACUCAAGCCGCUGGAAAUGGCGCCAGCGAUGGCUACUGCGCGAGACUUUGUCCUGAAGACGAGGCGCCGCAAAGGCCUGGCGGAGGAUGUCACGGUCAGCAAGUUCUUGGAGCCGGAGCUAUGGAAGGGUCUGAAGGAGAGUGGCGUUUUGGACUCAUGA